CCACACAUGGCAUGAAUGGACCUCCCGAGCAACAUCGCAUACAUACUCCAUUCUCGCUCUGCAAUUAGCAAUUGGCUGGCCAUGACCGGGUUCAUAGGUCUCAACUCGAUAAAUUUGUCGCAUGGCUAGUCGACUGUGCUGGAUUUUUCACAGUGUGAAGAAGACACCCUGUUUUGCCCCGUUUAAUCUUGCCUGAUUUGAUACGAUACCCAAACUCGUUUUUAGCUUUCAUCAGUCUACAUUCUUCACAUUUAGUCUCAUAUUGAAUCGACUUUACUACAGGCGUUAAUCUCCAGAGAAGAAGUUAUCGGAGGCUCAUCAUGGCAGAAGGCGAACCGUCUUACAUUGACUAUGAGGCCUUCUUGGACCCUGACUUCUCUCCUGCCUCUUUUGCCAAUUCAUUGGUCCUAGCCACCAACAAUGCGACAGAUACACCGCUGGAUCUGUCGACUCCGCUGUCACGAGUACUCUUUGAUCUGCAGGAGAUCGACACUCAUAUUCACACGCUGACCACCAAGUCAGCCCUCCCCUUACUGACGCACACGCGGGAUCAAACAGCAGCGGCAGGUCACAUUCUUCAAGAAGCUGAAGAACAAGUCUCCUCCGUGGCCCAGGGGUAUGAGCGAUUAGAGAAAGAGGUCCUACGAAAGUGGGAAGCCGCAGAUGAGGUUAGGAUAGCUACGGAAAAGUCACUAGCUACCGUACGGCUCGCAAGAGCGGUUGCGCGCUGUCUUACCCUCGGCAGACAGCUGGAGGGCCAGCUUGCUGAGGUUACCGGCCGCGGGGGCCUUUCAUCAGGGAACGAUGGAAUGUCCCCCGCCCCGGCCAGGGAUGAUUACCGCGCUCUGGAACGGGCAGCUUCUACAAUCGUGAGUCUCCGUCGGAUGUUCACUGCGACGGGCCUGGGAGAGGAAGGCUAUGGGUUAGAGAAAGUAAAAGUCAUCCGAACCUUAAGGAAUGAACUUGUGAUCCCCUCUGAGAACAUGGUGAAGUCGAGAGCGCAGCAAGCGAUUAAUCGGUUCACCAUGUCCUCAAUCUCAGCCAGCGGCGGUGCCCAUGGCCAGUCGGGCUACAAGCAAGCCCGCGAUGCGAGAGCGCGACUGAGCUCUGCGACCACAAUCCUAUACCUGUUGUCGCCAAUACCCAAGGAUUUGCCCACGGCAUCGGACUUUCAACCCGAGCUGCUGCUCUCCACAUUUCAAGGAUACAUGCACACGGCGAUCAUGACGUCCUUGAACGCUCUAUCUCGAUCUCUGUCUAUGCUGCCAUCCCUUGAUAAAACCCUGUCCGACAUCUCCGUGAAAUGUCAGGAUAUUUAUGCGCUUGAAUCCAUCCUGGGCAGCCUCCGACCACCAUCACAUCCGCUCUUCCCUCCAGCACCUCCCGAGCGCAACGGCGAUCAACGCGAGUCCCAACCACGUGGCAACAAGAACAACCUCCUGCAACCGCUCCUCGCCGCCCUUGACACGCCGUCUCUCCCAUCACACUUCUGGCGAACGCUCGCCUCAUCCCUCACAUUGCGCGUGCAAGAGAUCGUCAACCGUGGCGGCGUCUCGGCCAGAACGUUGCGAUCCAACCGGGAUCGGCUCAAGAAGGAUAUCAAGGAGUGUGUCCUGCGCGGAUCGCAGCUCCCGGCCUCGAGCGACAAAGGGCGGUCAGGGAUCGACACCGGAAACUGGGAGCGUGAAGCAGCAGUGAUGGUCAGUGCUGUGGCCAGUGUACUUGACAGGUGAAGCACAAUCCAUCAUCAGACGUUUUGCAACAGAUUGGCGGGAUUAGCUUGCUUGAUAUCCGAAUAGAUCUACGUUAUACCCAAAAGAAAAGAAAAAAAAAAGUUGUACAUACACAGACACACACACACACACACACACACAUAUAUAUAUAUAUAUA